CUAAAUGCAUUUGUAUUUUUCGAAUUGAUUAGCGGCUAUCCAUGGCGGUUGCGAUUAAACUUCCGGUGGAUACCGUAGGAGGACUUUGUAACUCCAUUUUUACGAGUACGAGCAAUAGAGCUAGUGAUAGCUUUAUCAGAAGGAGAAAUUCUUCGGUUAAAAUGUGCUCUUCCCACUCCGGUGCGCCAUUCCAGAGCCUCGAGGAAUCGCCGCCAACUAAAUCGCAGAAGAAUGCGAUUCCGAUAAUGGUGAACGGUUGUACUGGAAAAAUGGGAAGGGCAGUUCUUGAAGCUGCCAUUUCUGCGGGACUUCAGCCUGUCCCUGUGGCAUUUAGUGGUCUGGGAAAUUCAGGAAAGAUUGUUCAGGUAGGUGGAAAGGAAAUUACAUUGCAUGGUCCCUCUGACAGAGAGAGCACUCUUUCAUCAAUCUUUGAGGAGCAUCCAGAUUUAGUUGUGGUGGAUUACACAGUUCCUGCUUCUAUUAACGAUAAUGCAGAGUUGUAUUGCAAAGUUGGAGUUCCUUUUGUGAUGGGAACUACUGGUGGAGACAGGAAGGCAUUGUAUAAAACAGUGUCAGACUCUAAUAACUACGCUGUGAUCUCCCCUCAAAUGGGAAAGCAGGUUGUUGCGUUUCUUGCAGCAAUGGAAAUAAUGGCAGAGAAAUUUCCAGGCGCUUUCUCUGGGUAUAAACUACAGGUGGUGGAGUCUCAUCAAGUUAGCAAAUUGGACAUAUCCGGGACUGCCAAAGCUGUCAUAUCAUGUUUUCAGAGAUUAGGGAUCUCGUUUGACUUGGAUCAGGUGGAGCAGAUACGCGACCCGGAGAAACAAGUUAAGAUGGUUGGUGUCCCGAAGGAACACUUAUCUGGUCAUGCUUUCCACUCGUAUCAUCUGACCUCACCUGAUGGAACGGUAUCUUUUGAAUUUCAGCAUAAUGUUUGUGGAAGAUCGGUAUAUGCUGAGGGUACUGUCGAUGCUGUUAUCUUCCUUGCAAAUAAGGUCAAAUCUAAAGCCAACCAGCGGAUUUAUGACAUGAUUGAUGUUCUGCAGGAGGGUAAUAUGAGAUGAAAUUCUGUUGAGCAUAUAUAUAAUAUAUAAACAUAAACGUGCAAUCCAACUAUCAGCUUAAGCUUUUAGUUGAGAUGAAGCACAUGUUGCAAUUUGAUAUUAGAGUCAACCUCAUGUUGGUCCACAUGUUGCUUAGACCUCCAACUACCAGCUUAGGCUUUUAGUUGAGAUGGAGCAUAUGCUUCAAUUGAUUCAAGCUAAGCGUUCUUUCUUAUCUUUAUCUUUGUAACACUUUAGCUUAUCAUGACUUCUAGCUUCAAAGUAGUCUAGUGGGGAUUGAAGUUUUCCGUGUUUUGUUGCCUAUUAUCCGCCACUCCUCUCAGAACCUUUAUGGAGUGGCCAUGGCGCAAUCAUUUUUGGAGAAUAUAAUGAUAAACGUAAUCGAGUACAACCCUCCCAA